AUGUUAUGCAAUCAUGUUAUGCCAAGCUGCGAGUAUUCAGUGGGCGUGCAAAAAACUUGCACCAGCGGUGUAGCUCGAGCAGUACCGUUCUGCACCGUCCGGGUUCUUGGUGCGCACUCGAUUCUGCCCAAUGAGAAGCGCUAUUAUCCUACAUUUGUCAGUACGGUCGGAUGGUGUCUGUCGAUGUCAAUAGGCUCGGCGAGUUCGCGCAAGUCGCGAUAUGGAAUGGCGCGACGUGAAACGGUGAUCGCUAGGACAUCGCGGAUUCCUAUCGGCAUUACGUCGCCAGCUCGUCGCUGUGGUUAUGGUGAAGUCCCUUCGGUCGUAUACAUCGUGAGAAUACGACGCGACCAUAAACUGUCGAAGGCGCCGCAGAGCUACUUUUAUGCCAAAGUCGAGCGGCCCAUCCGUCACAGAGAUGCGUGCGCGCACAUGGUGACUUGACAUCGUCUUUCGGGGUCAAUU